AUGGAAUUCGCACUCGAAAGCUACACGCGGCUUCCGCCCAUAACCAGAACUGUCGUGACCUUGACAUUUAUCGUGUCGGCUGGCAUCAUGGUCGGCGUGGUACCGGCCAACUACCUCAUAUUCCAUCAAUACUUCCUGCUCAAGUUUCCUCCGCAAAUUUGGCGCCUCGUGACGGCCUUUCUCAUCACAAGACCGGGCCUGGGCCUACUCUUUGAUACGUAUUUCUUGUAUUCGUAUUUGAGCCAAAUGGAAGUUGGUAAUCCUCGGUUCCCACGAAAGGAAGACCUCAUUUGGUACCUUUUAUUCGUGUGUGGGACGAUUUUGAUUGUCAAUUACUUUACCGCCUUCGGCUUCAUGAAUUUUUUGCCUGCUCUCGUCUUGGCCAUGGUCUAUAACGUAACGCAGGAGCAGCGCGGAGUCAAAGUCAACUACAUGCUCGUCACAAUACCUGCCCAGCUGAUGCCCUACGCCAUGCUUGGCUUCAACCUUCUCUUCCCCAAGGGUGCCAUGAACCUGCUUCUGGAACUGCAUGGCCUGUUUGCCGGACAUCUCUUUGACUUCUUGACCAAGACGUGGCCCAACUAUGGCGGUGGAAGAAACUUGAUUCCCACACCCCGCGUUCUAUCGCGAAUAGUGCGAUUUGUAGAGUCUUUCCUGGAAACGAGAUUCGGAAGUGUCCCUAGGUCUACUGGCCAAAGACUUGGCGGCGGCGGCGGGCGAGGCGGAAGCGCAAACAACUCGGGUGGACCAUUGCCAGACGCGUGGCGAACAAGAGGUCCCGGUCAGAGACUGGGAUGA